CUAGACGAAUUGGGAUUGGGUUACGAAGCUUUGAACAAAAUCAAUCCGAGAUUAAUUUAUGCUUCGAUUACUGGUUAUGGACAUACCGGACCUUACAGGAAAAGAGCUGGAUACGAUGUCAUGGUCGAAGCCGAAGGAGGUUUAAUGCAUAUUACGGGAGAACCAGAUGGGAUGCCGGUCAAGGUUGGAGUUGCAAUUACUGGUAAGACCAUGAUGGAACCACUUGAACUUGGGUAG